UCAGCUCAUGGUGGCAUGAUACGUGGUCUGAGGUCUUGGCUCCGGUUUGCCAAGCGAGUAGGCGAAAAGUCUUCUGAGCAGUAUAGCAGAGACAUCGUAUGAGGGUGUGUCGCAAGAGUAUAUGAGGAUCGAGAGUCGUGCUGCGUGCGGUCAAUUUUGUCCCAGUGACACUGGUAUAAGCUUACACCGGCAACCUCCGCAGAGCAGGAGAGCGCAGGCCAAGAUGGACUCAUUGAUAGGUCACGCCAGCGAUCAGGCACUCAAGUUCGGAGCUAAAGCCUUAGACAAAUGGACCAAAGGUCGUGAUUCACGGAAGCAGCAGGAAGUGACCACAUCCAUGCACAUACCCGAUGGCGAGCAUCCUCUCUCGGCACAAGGUCCUACUAUUAUAGCCGAGAACAUUGGGGUAGGGACUACAACGUAUGCGUCGGAUAAGUACCAGCACCUUCAAUACUUGCCAAUGUUCGUGUUGGAAAGCGAGGAUGAAGACCUACGCAGCCGUGAGAAGAUUCUUAAGUCGGCUGAAGGAUCGCGAGGCCAGAUUAGAGAGGUCCAGAUGACUCCGGUCGAGAGGGCCGUGUUGACACUGUCCGGUGGCGGCUCGGUCAUGUCUGCAGUCAAGCUCGAGAACGGACUCCUCCGGCUCAACGCGCAGACCACGGAGAUGCAUGCCGACCAGGUCAACCGUUGCGUUUUGACACGGUGGACCAUCCCUGCAACGGACGCAUCGCGCAACGGGCUUGUCAUCGUUGACGUACUGGAAGUGCGAAUGAAUGUGUUCACCACUUUCAAACAGCUCAACGGUGCCGCCAUCUACGUCAAAGCUAAUGCCGACGUUCACCUGAAGCUAGACGAUAGGUACGAGAUAAAGUGCAAACGCCAAAAGUGUUGGUACAAAGGAACGAUGCAGCCGGAACCUGUAAAGCAAAUUUUCUUGCUCGGGAAGGACAGGUCUGCCAUGCAGAUGGAGAUAGUUGCGAUGCACGGAAGGCUGGUGUCGGUGGUGGAGCACCAGGGGCGAAGCGGUCGGGGUGGACUUGCUGGGCGUUUUCGGGACUGGUCGGUUCCUGACUUGUGAUGGCUGACCACUUCGUAUGUACAUAGCAUCUUUGGUCGACAUGAGCUGAACUGGGCUGGCCCAGAGAAGGUAUGAGUUCGGAAAUGCAUAUCCGUGGCCUACCGUCUUGCUU